AUGGCAGGAUCCCGAUCACGGAGCUCAAAUGCAGAUAAAGAAGCUGGAGGAACUUCUUCGGCAACUACUUCAAAGUCCACACGCUCAUCACGAAGAACCGCAGCAGCAGCAGCAGCAGCAGUAGUGGCAGACGGGUCCACCGGACAUUCGCGAACAGGGACCCCAGAUGUACAUGACACUGGAGAUACGGGAACUGGGCAUAGUGGGACUACUCAAAGGGGGUCAUCAAAUUCUUCGUCUUCAGCAUCAAACAAACCCAGCGGACUAGAAACAAAUACAAUUACAUAUAAGGCCAACGAGUUUCUGGCAGGACUAUCAUCGGCAGCGAACCCUGUGCGUCGGGAGUUGGCCAUAGAGUUACUAGGAAAACCAACAGUAGUAGCGAUUGAAACUCAUGGCUUAUUGAACCAGCCACUGGUUGGAACGAUGCCUGUGAAUGGGAACAGCAGUAAUAACCAUCACCACAAUAAUGGUACACCAGUUACGAUUCCUCCAGGUAUGGCCCUGACAUCUUCCGGACUUAUUACAUCGACCGCAUCUUCAGCUGGAUGUGGAGCAGCUGCACUAGUGGCUGCAGCGGCCGUGGUUGCCGAGCAGCCCAACAUUGCAGCAACAGCUGAGAUUGAAGAUUUACCUGUAGAUGCGUUACGACGGUACAAGGCUGCAUAUAAGAUUCCACAGUUAGGAGCACAGAGUUUUAACGGGUACUUGCUUAACAGUGCGGUGGGCCGCAAAACAUGGUCAUACCGGAUCGGCAAGAGUAAUAACCGAGUACCCAAGGCCACGCUGGCGCAGGCGGUUCGGCGCAAUUUUGGCAACCAUUCGGUAAGGGAGUCAGAUGUGAUUGUGGACUUUAUUUACAGUGUGAAGACCCAGGAAAAUGCCUUCAAGUGCCGGUUCAUUUGA